GGGAAGGGUAGCCAUGGACAGGUUCUCGUGGACCACCGGGCUGCUGGAGCUGGGAGAGACGCUGGUGGUCCAACAGCGCGGCGUACGCCUCAGCGAUGGGGAGGAGAAGGUGAAAUUUGAUAGUGGAGUUUUACUGCUGAGCACACACAGACUGAUCUGGAGGGAUCAGAAGAAUCAUGAGUGCUGCAUUGCUGUACCUCUAUCUCAGAUUGUAUUUAUUGAAGAGCAAGCAGCUGGGAUAGGAAAGAGUGCCAAAAUAGUAGUUCAUCUUCAUCCUGCUCCUUCAAACAAAGAGCCUGGUCCAUUCCAAAGCAGCAAGUAUUCUUAUGUCAAGCUUUCUUUCAAAGAACACGGGCAGAUUGAGUUCUACAGACGCUUAUCAGAAGAAAUCACACAAAGGAGAUGGGAGAGCAUACCCACUGGUCAGGCCAUGCAAGUUAACAAGGAUUCACAGGCAGGAAGAAUAAGGGCUGUAGGAAUUGUAGGUAUUGAAAGGAAAUUAGAAGAAAAAAGAAAAGAGACUGACAAAAACAUUUCUGAGGCGUUUGAGGAUCUUAGCAAACUAAUGGAGAAGGCAAAGGAAAUGGUGGAAUUAUCCAAGUCAAUAGCUAACAAGAUUAAAGAAAAACAAGGGGACAUCACUGAGGAUGAGACCAUUAGGUUCAAGUCCUAUCUACUGAGUAUGGGUAUAGCUAAUCCAGUUACGAGGGAAACGUAUGGAUCUGGUACACAGUACCACAUGCAACUGGCAAAGCAAUUGGCUGGAAUCCUGCAGACACCAUUAGAGGAGCGAGGGGGGAUCAUGUCUCUCACAGAAGUGUACUGCCUGGUGAAUCGUGCUCGAGGGCUGGAGUUGUUGUCACCAGAAGAUUUAGUAAAUGCUUGCAAGAUGCUGGAAUCACUGAAAUUGCCACUAAGGCUUCGGAUAUUUGAUAGUGGUGUGAUGGUGAUUGAACUCCAGUCUCAUAAUGAAGAGGAAAUGGUAGCUGCUGCUUUAGAGACAGUAUCUGAAAAGGGUUCUCUCACAGCUGAUGAGUUUGCUAAGCUGGUGGGGAUGUCUGUUCUCCUAGCCAAAGAAAGGCUGCUGCUUGCUGAAAAGAUGGGCCAUCUUUGCAGAGAUGAUUCAGUGGAAGGCUUGAGAUUCUACCCAAAUUUAUUUCUGACACAAAGCUAAUACCAUUUUGUAUACAAUUUGUUAUGUAAUAGUUGAACAAGAGAGCAGAGGGCAGAAUCCUUCCAAGAACUGACUUUGAAUUUUUUAUUUCAUUAGUCAACUGCAACAGACAUGAAUAUGGCAAUGCUUUUACAGUUCUCAGGUAUUUCAAGUGCUGAAUCCUCUUACAUGGAACUGAAAGGAAAUAGAAAUCACAAAGUCAGAAGCAUGUCUAUUGUCUCAAGACAACUCACUCAUUUUUCAAGUUUUAUUUGAUGUGCUGUGUAGUUUCUCAUUUCAAGAGAAGAUUCCACACCAGUGAAAGUGGAGAGAAUAUCGCCGUAGAGCGCUGUGAGGGUCAGCGCCCAGAAGCCAGGUUACUGCAUACUCCAAUUCCAGUUUGUUUGUGUCUGGAGCAAGAGAGCAGACAGAUGUAUCCACAGUGAUAAGAAACGGGACUUCGGUGUGUACUGAGGUAUAUGGAACAAACUAGUGUAGAAUAACCCCUUCUCCCAGAAUUAAUGAACAAGGGGAGGAUCUUGGGGUUCUGGAAUUUGAGAUAGAACUGCUGCAAGAGAGAUUAUUGUAUGUCAUGCAAAUCUAGAAAUUACUGUGUUUGUCACAUCUCACGCAGAUGUCUCGGAUAGAAGCAUUGUUAGCACAGACUUCCUCCCUUCUCUUUCCUUGCCAUCUUCCUUCCUGUGCAUUUAUGUUGCACUUCGGGUGCCCUUUCUCUGUCCUCUCUGUAGCAGAGUGGAGCAGCCUCCUGUCACUUUACAAGACUCUCUGCUUUAAUGUGCUUGCGUUUUAUCUUGUACUUUUAACAAAAGAUAAUUUGUUUGUUUCAUCAGCCUAUUACCUGUUUUGGGGAAACAGUUCAUUUGCUUACCCCUCAUAUGUGAAAAUUAACAUGCUUUCUAUAUUGAAGGAAGGAAGAAGACUAUCACCCUGUGCUUAAUAAUCACAAGGUAUCAUUGUUUGGUAUUCCUCACCCUGUGUUCACACUGAAUGCAAUAUAAUAGCCUCAGUUUUCAUAACUCCAGUGGAGUUGCUACAAUACUUGAAGAUCUAUCAUGGUAAUAACUGUUAAGUGGAUGUUUAUGAUCCACAUAACCUGAAUUUUUGGCAUUUUGAAGUGACUGUUUUUAAUAAAUAAAGUUAAUUCAAGGUGUGGCAAGGGCAGCAUACAGGUAACUGCACUGUGGUUGUGAUGGCCAGAUCAACUUUACACAAAAGACAAAAAUUUUAAUAUGAGCCUAAAGAUAUGAUCAGAGCUAUUUCAAUGUUACCAUAGCAUGAGUUAAGACAUUAGUUAAUAGCCAAUAGGUCUGUGUGAGAUUCCUACAGAGAUUAUGCCUGUGGCUUGUAGAAUACCCUUUAUAUCCAGGGAGUUGUGUCCUCUUACUCUUGUCACAAGCAAACUUUUCAUGCAGUGCUUUCCUCUGCUCCACAAGGGUGCUAAAACUUAGGUCUUUGACACAGCUAAAGGAAUCAGUUCCACAUUAUUACUACCUUGUUAGUCACCUGGUUUCAUCUCUUCAGGAGCCUUACAGCUUGCUGCUUUCCUUCAUCCUCCUCACAAUCCACAGGAGAGAUUCAUGUGAAGUACACCGAGCACCACACAUCUAAGGAGAGACUGAAAAGUGAGAAAUUUGGAAGCAAAAAGCUGUUUGUGACAACUGUCUCUUUUGCCCGAUAAAAACCUGUCACGGAAGGCCAGUGCUUUGUGAGCCUGAAUCUCUCCCCACAAGGGGGCAUGUCCUGUGCAGGAAGAACAAAACCUGAGAGGAAAUGCCAGGUGUCAGCUGCCACCCUCUGUUCCUCCAACCCUGAGUGUUUCAUUAUCUUAAUUAAGCAAUAAUAAUACAGCCUAUUUAGAAUAAUGGUACCUUCUCAAGUUUUUAUUUUCCAAGAUUUUUCCUUGACAUUGUUUUUCCUCCAGGCAAGAAGUCUGUAGGGUAAAUUGUAUUGCUGGUUUAGAAUUUAAACAAAUACAUGAGAAAAUGGCUACUAGAAAGUAAGAAAAAUUAAAACAUUUUCUUAAAUAGA